AUGGCUACACCGAUGGCUGUCCGCACCUUCUCCAAAUCUCUUCCUCGAAGCACAGCUUCAGCGACAUCCUCCCUGCGCUUGGCAGCGCGCCCUUCACGUGCCAAUGCAGCCAAACAAUUCUUCCAACAAUCCUCCCGCCGCCACUACUCGUCCAGCCACGAUGCGUCCAAGUCAUCAAAUACUGGCAUAGUCUAUGGUGGCGUCGCAGCUGCAGCCGCCCUCGCAGGAGGCUACUAUUACUUUACCACCACUGGCCAGGAGAGGAAGAAGGCAGGCAUCCCCGAGGGCGUGCCCGAGGUGCACCUCAAGAAAGGCUCGGCCGAUCAGUCCGUCGGCAUCUUCACGCCCACCGCUGAAGAUUACCAGAAAGUCUACAACGCAAUUGCAAAGGCACUGUGGGAGAAGGAUGAUUACGAUGAUGGAAGCUACGGUCCUGUCUUGCUACGGUUAGCAUGGCACGCAUCGGGAACAUACGACGCCGCUACCGGGACGGGCGGCAGCAACGGCGCGACCAUGCGAUUCGCACCCGAGGGCGAGCACGGCGCCAACGCCGGCCUCAAGAGCGCCCGCGACUUCCUCGAACCCAUCAAGCAGCAGUUCCCCUGGAUCAGCUACUCCGACCUGUGGACCCUCGCGGGCGUCUGCGCCGUGCAGGAGAUGCAAGGGCCUACCAUUCCCUGGCGGCCGGGCCGACAAGAUAAAGACGUCGCGUUUUGCACCCCGGACGGUCGACUGCCCGAUGGGAGCAAAGGACACGAUCACAUCCGCGCCAUCUUCGGCCGCAUGGGCUUCAAUGAUCAGGAGAUGGUUGCUCUCUCCGGCGCCCACGCGCUGGGCCGCUGCCAUGCGGACCGCUCCGGGUUCGAGGGACCUUGGACCUUCUCCCCCACGGUUCUGACCAACGAUUACUUCCGUCUUCUCAUGGAAGAGAAAUGGGGCUGGAAGUCGUGGAAGGGGCCCAAGCAGUAUGAAGAUGCGACGACCAAGAGUCUGAUGAUGUUACCCACGGAUGUGGCCCUAAUCAAGGACCCGGUGUUUAGGGGCUGGGUGGAGAAAUACGCAAAGGACAACGAUCUCUUCUUCCGAGACUUCGCCGGCGUGGUGAAGAAGUUGUUCGAACUCGGUGUGCCCUUCAAAGAGGACGCCAAGCCGCUCACCUUCAAGUCGACACUUGAGGAGUAA